AUGCUAGUGGGGGGCGUCAUUAAAAAAGUCCUCGCGUUCGGGGGCGUCGUCACGGCGCUGCGCCGGCAGUGGUCGUUUCCCAGGUCGCUUCGCCUGUCUAACAAUGUGCGCGAUGUUUCAAUAGCGACAAAGUCACAAAGCUCCGCCGCCGACAGCGCCGUGUCGGCAAUUACCGCAGCCCGCUCAAAGGAAACUUGUAGCUACUAUGUUAACGUGGAA